AUGGCUGUGCCUCCCUCAUAUGUUGAUCUGGGCAAGUCUGCCAAGGACAUCUUCAACAAGGGCUAUGGAUUUGGCCUGGUGAAGCUUGAUGUCAAGACAAAAUCAGCCAGUGGAGUGGAAUUCAAAACAUCUGGAUCCUCCAACACUGACACGAGCAAAGUUGUUGGCAGCCUUGAAACCAAAUACAAAAGGGCAGAGUAUGGCUUGACGUUCACUGAGAAGUGGAACACCGACAACACCCUUGGAACAGAAAUCACCAUUGAAGAUCAGAUUGCCAAGGGACUGAAGUUGACUUUUGAUACCACCUUCUCGCCAAACACUGGUCUGCUAGUCCAUCCUUGUUGCUAUUGGGGUGGUCUUUUGAUGAAAUUGACAUCCGUGAAAUUCUGUCGUCUUUGCAGCAAGAAGAGUGGCAAGGUCAAGACUGCCUACAAACGGGAGUACGUCAACUUGGGCUGCGAUGUGGACUUCGACUUUGCGGGCCCUACCAUCCAUGGAGCGGCUGUCGUUGGCUACGAGGGCUGGCUCGCUGGCUAUCAGAUGACCUUUGACACCGCCAAGUCCAAGAUGACACAGAAUAACUUUGCCAUCGGCUACAAGACGGGAGACUUCCAACUGCACACAAAUGUCAACGACGGAGCAGAGUUUGGAGGCUCCAUCUACCAGAAGGUGAGCGACAAGCUGGAGACUGCUGUCAACCUGGCGUGGACCGCAGGCAGCAACAGCACACGCUUUGGCAUUGCCGCCAAGUACCAGCUGGACAAUGAUGCCUCUGUCAGCGCUAAAGUGAACAACAACAGCCUUGUUGGCGUUGGCUACACUCAGACCCUUAGACCAGGCGUGAAGCUCACCUUGGCUGGUCUGGUCGACGGCAAGAACAUCAACGCCGGAGGCCACAAGCUGGGUCUGGGCCUGGAACUAGAAGCCUAA